GGCUUGCCACUAGUGAACUGUACUGUUCCUCCGGGAAAUAAAUUGGUGACAAGACUACCAACAAGGGCACAAAAACACCGAGACAAAGCUGACAGUGAUAAGUGGCGGCGUUGAAGGACAAAGCUGAAGUUUGUUGCAUGCCUGCCAAGGCAGUGCAGUGUUCUUAUGUGAGUCUGUAAGUGCGUGCGUGUGCGACAUGAUUCUCCCGUGCGCACUGUGCCCAAGUCGAGAGGCGGGGUGGGUGGCAAAGCGGGGACAGAUGAGGGAGAGAGGGAGAGGAGGGCAGGACUGGCAGGGUGCGGUCUGAAAUGGCAACGGCUCGUCGUGGAUCACUCAAAUGGAGUGGAUUCAAGUGGAAAGCUGCAGCCUGUUGCGCGCUGUCGUCUCGCUGGGAGCAUCAAAAACCUCACAAUCCACCACGGGGGAUGUUGUGACACUUUUCGCGGAGCAAAAGAAGAGACUGGAAAGACGACCACAUUAAAAGCGUGGACGUGCAGUUGCUGCUGUUCUCCCUCUCUCUCUCUCUCUCUCUCUCUCUCUCUCUCUCUCUCUCUGCACCCCCCCCCCGCCCCCUCGACCCACCUCAUCGACUUUGAACCUGUUUGUUUAAAUCCACGGACUUUACAGCCCUGCGCACCCACGAGCCACAGCCAGCGAACUUUUCCAUUCAAGUGGGGAAUUUAUCGGUGCGCGGAUGCUGAGGUGCCCGCUGGAGUAGAGUGAUUUGGGGGACACACUGAACGCGGCUGUCCCGGACCAUGGACUCGACAGGUGAACCGGAGGCGUACUGAAGACACAUAUCACCCUCGGGAGAGUCCUCCCUCCUCCCGGGGCGAUGCGGAUCCCCUUCCUCCUUCUCACCGCCUCUCUGUGCGCCUUGGUUCUCCUCCUCCUACUCGCACCUGUCUCGGAGGGCUGCGGACCGGGGAGGGGGUACGGAAAGAGGAGGCCUCCGAAAAAGCUCAUCCCGCUUGCCUACAAGCAAUUCAGCCCGAAUGUGGCCGAGAAGACGCUAGGUGCGAGCGGGCGGCCCGAGGGCAAAAUUACGCGCAACUCGGAGCGCUUCAAAGAGCUGACACCCAACUACAACACUGAUAUCAUCUUCAAGGAUGAAGAGGACACGGGUGCGGAUCGGCUCAUGACUCAGCGCUGCAAAGACAAGUUGAACUCCCUGGCCAUCUCUGUCAUGAAUAUGUGGCCUGGUGUGAAGCUGAGAGUGACAGAGGGAUGGGAUGAGGACGGCCAUCACUCAGAGGACUCGCUGCACUAUGAAGGACGUGCCGUUGACAUCACCACCUCAGACAGAGACAGAAACAAGUAUGCCAUGUUGGCUCGGCUUGCUGUCGAAGCCGGAUUUGACUGGGUCUACUAUGAGUCCAAAGCCCAUAUUCAUUGUAGCGUCAAGUCAGAACAUUCUGUCGCUGCCAAAACUGGGGGUUGUUUCCCAGGUGAUGCUCAAGUUACCCUUGAGGGCGGAGUCACCAAACUGAUGCGUGACCUUCAUCCCGGUGACCGUGUUUUGGCUUCCUCGACAACUGACGCUCGUGGUUCGCUUCUCUACAGUCCGGUACUAUCCUUUUUGGAUCUCCAGACAAACGUCACGAAAAUCUUCACCCUCAUUGGAACCAACACUGGACUUAAUAUAACGCUCACGGCGGCACAUCUCAUCUUUGUCACUGACUGCAUGGGUGGACUCAGCCAAGAUGGAGUGAGGACAACUUUUGCUAGUGAGGUGAAGCCGGGUCAGUGUAUACUGACCUCGCAAGGAACAGAGGCAACUCAAGCCGUCGUGACUUUUGUCGAGGAGAGGCAGAGCACUGGGUUGUAUGCCCCACUGACCCAGCACGGGUCUAUAGUCGUGAACAGCGUGUUGGCAUCCUGUUACGCUGCUGUGGACAAUCAUCAUUUGGCCCACUGGGUUCUAGCCCCACUGCGUUUCGUCCGCACCCUCAUGGGUGCUGCGGAACAUCAAACUGAUGGUGUGCACUGGUACCCCUGGCUUCUACAGAAGGUUGGGGAAAUGCUACUGGACCCCAAACACUUCCACCCUUUGGGAACUGAGCGAGGACUCUGACAGAAGAAAAACAAAAUCUAUUGAAAUCAGCUUGUGUAUAAGAACAGCAAAUCACAGAGCUUUCCACCAAAAUAGCAACAGAAAAAUGGGUUAGAUACAAAAUGUGUUGUUUGACUCACUCCACUUGUCUCGAUAUGCCGUAAGACAUCAAUAGAGAGAAUGAAUUGCGAUUUCAACACUGCUUUUGCAAAUGUGCAUAAUUUCAUUUUCAUGCCGCAAAUGCGAUUCAGGUGUGCCAGUAAACCACAAAUUAGUAAGCACUUGGUUAUCAGCCACAAUACUGACACACACCAUAUGAAAAAACGCGCUGGGAGACAUCUUGAGCAACUUUAAUAAUGGGUGCCUAGCAGUAUAAUUGUGAUCUAGCAUGACUGUGUCUCAGUGGGUUUGUGAAGGCAUGAUUGAAUAAGUUUGAUGUGGAAGAACUUCAUAGUUGUCAACCCCAUCAGAGACUUUGGGGAUAAAUUGCAACACAAAUCAGCAGCCAGGCCCUCUCUCAGCAUCUGUGACGCUGAUUUCAAAUUGUUGUUGUGGAUGAGUGACCAAAAAAAAAAAAAAAAUCCAGAGGCACUCCAAAAUCCUACGCUAUUAAUGCCACCUUCUCUCCCCCUUAUUGAGUUUUGUCUGUCAUUCAGUUUUACCUUGGAGCACCUUAGCCUUUUAGCGACUAUGAUUUGUUAUUUUUAUGCAUUUUGAGAACAGAACAGUCAACACUUAGGCGCAUCAUUCAUUUUUACUUUUUUUUCUUCAAAAUGAGACAGUGGCGCUAUCACUAUAAGUGAAAAUAUGAGUAUACAUUUUGGGAGGGCUUGUUUGAACACCAUAAAUUGAAGAGGACAUUAAGGCAAAGAUGAAUUUGAAGGAAUGGAAAAAAGACUGUAAAUGUUUACUUGAGCAAUUUAGUAAUGAAAUUAAGUUAAUUACACUUCAAGUUUACUCACUUUACUGACUCAUUCCUUUCCCUUGUUGUCUGAUGUAUUUUUUUGACACAACAGUAAGCAAAAAUAUAUUUACAAUAUUUAUUUGAAUAUUUUUGACUAUGUGUUCAGUUUAUUGUGAAUUUGUCUUGGCUGCAAACAAGGCAGAGUAGAAUUGUUGGAUUGCAAACAUGGUUUAAAAAUGGUCGGAUUGCAUUCAGAAUCCCAAGAGUGCAAAAUAUUCAAAUGUUUGCCCAGAUGUAUUUAUCUUAUGCGGGUAAUCACAUAAAGCGUAUUCUUGAUUCAUUUGAAGCAGAUUUAUGACGGGUUUAUCCUCACUCCCUUUGCAACUGGUGCACCAAACAAUGACGUACCUUCAACUACAACUUGACUUUCCAAGGAGCAGGCUUGAAUAUUCUGGCCAGGUAGACACCUAAAAGAUCUUGGACUAUUCAAACACCGAACCAAAUUAAACUGAAUUUUAUUUUCAACACAAUUCAAUGCUCAUCAAUUGUAUCAUAUAUUGCAGCAAAACUAUUGCACAAUCUACACAUGUGAUCGUGUGGGUCCAGAUUGUCAUAUUUAAUAGAAAUCACAAGGGGCUGAGCACAUCACCAAAGGGUGUUCCAGUGCUUCCGUGAGCUGUGAUUCUAAUGACUAAUCAAAGUAUUAAUUUCUGUGAAUGAUGGGCUGUUUACAGGCCACUAAUAAUUUCUUAAAUAAAUUUAAAGAUAAUUUUUGAGUACCUAUAGUUGGUCCUGUCCAGAUGCAGAAGUAGUCUGUCCUUGGGAUAUUCAAUUUUGUUUUCAUUUGUAUCAUAUAUGGUGAAAUUGUCUUGUAGCCUUAUUAAAAAUAGGUGUGUGCCAUGUUAGUCGACCCCCCCCCCCACCCCCAAACCAUAAGGAGGCUAUCGAGUGCCACUGAGAUGUUGCAUGCUGUUUGCAGCUCUAUCGGGAUUUCUGACUGUCCAAUAGGAGGGAAUAAUCUUGCACUGAUGCAAGAAAGUGACUAAAAUGGGUUGUUCAUCUGCUUCCACCAUAAUUCUAUGAUUCAUUAAUGCGCCGUCUUUACGAUCAGAUUUAUAUCAGGAGUUUUUUUUUAACUUCCCUGUGCAUAUGUUUUAUAUUGAACGUCUCAGUUUUCUGGUCAGUCUACCAAAAUAUGUUUGACUCAGACUGUAUUAAACUACUGUAUAACUAGCUUUUUAUACAUAAUGCUCCAUUGCGCUUAUUUUCUUCUGCAUUUUCUUAUAUUUAAUGAUUUUCAUUUGCAUGAACGUUUUCAUUCCAUCCAUAGAUUUCAAACCACGUUUCUAGCGAACAUGUAUGAAAUCCAAAUUUUAAAUGAGUGUCAUUUUCUGCUGGUUUUCAAACCGAUUUUCGGAUGUAAGUGCUUCAUGGAGAUGGAUAGAGAGAGACUCGGAAGUACUACGCAAAGAUUUGUCAAAUAUGUCUAUGAAGCUAUUUUCUGAGAAAUUAUUUAAAGAUCUAUUUUUAAGAAUAUAAAUGGGGCAAUGUUGUGCAUUCCUUUUUUUUAAAUAUUUAACAUAAAGUUGUUUUUAUUACAACCAAGAAUGUGUUUUCUUUACAAGCAAAAUGAGGUUAAGAGAUAAAACAGGACGAAAAUCACUCUGAAUAAUUUCAUGUAAUAACACAAGUGAUAUGCUUGUGAAUACAAUGUCUUGACACUUUAAGCACAAUGAGUGAAGAAACGAGCAGGCAAAGAUGAGCCUGAGUUAGUAUCAGGUGGUAUCAGGGUGGGCUGGUGGUUUGCUUCAGUACCACGGACAGCAAUUCAGAUUGUGUGUUUUUUUUCUUCUUCUUUCUCAUAUGUUCUGUACUUUCAGGCAAAGUACACCCUGCUGGUGGCAGUGAUCAUUGCAUAUAUGACGAUCUAUCAAUAUGUAUCGAAAUAACCAGCAGGGGGUGUUGCAAUCUAAAUCCCCAAAUCAAAGCUUGCUCCAAAUAAAAGACACAAAGUCGAAACUGACAGAGGUUUGAAGUCAUUUUUUUAAUAUUGGUUGGACAGUUAGGGAAUAUGUUUUAAUAUUUAAACAUGUUUUAUCCCUUACAUAACCACGGGAGGCUUGCUUGAAGAGCAAUCGGCAACCAAAAUGAUAAAAAAUAAAUUGGAAGAACAAAGCAGAGAGGUGUGGAGCCAUUGUUCUCAAAAGUGUAAAGUUGCACAUGGAGAGUUAGGCAAACCUCACAUGGUCAAAUAAUUGAACUGUGAUUUAAAAAAAAAAAAAGUCUCAGUAUGUUUUGCCUCCAUAUCACAAUUGAAGCUUUUUGGACCACAAUACACUGUCAAAGUUUUGAGGCAAGCUUGGUGGAUUACCACGAGGGCAAGGAGUGGUGUGUAUAUAUCCAAGAUAAAUGUACUCAAAAGCUCCCUUAUAAAAAAAAAAAAAUAAUCAAUGAACAAAACUUUGGGUGGGGAACAA